UUGGGAACAUAAAUAAAUAAGUAUGAAAAAUUUUGGAUUUUAUGAUGGUGACUUAUCUGAAGACUUUUUGGAUGAGCAUGCUCAACAUUGUAUUGUUAAAACUUCUCCAACUCUCUUAAAGAACAUGGAAGAUUCUCCUUUUCACAGGCAUAUCAAAUCUAAUCGGGCUUCUGAUCCUUCCUGCUUUGGACUAGUUCCUCCCCACUUUGAGUGCUUUAAAGAUGCUCUAUAUGACAAAAGUAAACUUCAGGUUUGCAAUAAGACAACCCAUAUACAAAAAUGGGGGACAACAGAAACAAGAAGACCUUCCAAACUCCAAUUAGACAUCAAAGAUUUGCUGCACAAGAUGUCUAGAAUAAGGAGCUGAUGAGACCAAAGCGAAGAAGGUCCCCAGGUCGAAGAGAAGGUUCGAAAACAAUCAGCAGCUUCAUGCCCUUGCGGGGAAGUGUUGGUUACAAUGAAAGAUAUCAAUAGUGCAGAAUAAUUGCACUCUUUCUAAUCCGUAAUUAUUUUUAAAGCAAAUUU